AUGGACUUUUCUCUAGGAUAUCCACACAUAAUUGAGAAUUUUGUGAGGUCUCUCUUUUCAUGCUUUAUAUCGUAUCCACAAUCUACACCAUCGGACGAGAUUAUUCAUGGGGAUGUUCUUGACUGCCACCUCUUAGAGCUAGAUCCCUCACGUAAAGUAGAUCUUCUGUUAUCGGAGGGAGAAAACUUAAUGGAAGGAUUAGUCAAGGUGAAUCGG